AAGUGAAAGCAAAGUGGGGGAGAAAGCUGUAGGAAAACGAGAGGAGAAGCUUUUGCAUUCCUAGCUAUUCAUCUGUAGGCAGUAGCGCCGAAUCCACCAUUCCACCAAUCCCUCCUCUCCAUUUCGCCCUGCUCUCCCGGCGAGCACCGGCGCAUCCUCCUCCCUCGAAUCCGCGCGGGCGCGCCGCGCCCCGGGCCCGAUUGCUCCCUCGUCGUGGUGGGCGCCGCUCCGAUCCGCCCGAUCCGCGCUGCUCCUGAGGCUCCGGCGCGCGGAGGCGAGCAGUGGCGGCGGCGGCGGCGGGGCGGCCAUGGACUCCGAGGAUGAUAUGCACGACGCCAACGACUCCGCGGAGGACGACUUCUACAGCGGCGGGGAGGCUGGCCUCGCCGCCAGCGACGACGGCGACGCCGACUACGACUUCGCGGACCACGACUCGGACGACUCCGCCGAGCUCCUCUCCCACCGGCAGCAGGAUCUCAAGGACGAGCGGUUUCGGAGACCUGCUCUCCCGUUCGCCGGUGCACGUCAGCGGGGGGAUGGAGUAGGCUACGAUGGCGGGCGGCGCAAGCAGAGAGAGCAAAGUUACUGCAUAUUGAGUGAUGCUGGUAUAAAGCAGCGCCAAGGGGAUGAUAUAAAUAGGGUUUCAACUGUUCUUUCCAUUUCAAAGUCGGAGGCAUGUGCCCUCCUUCGCAGCUAUAAUUGGAGUGUUAGUAAGGUGCACGAUGAAUGGUUCGCUGAUGAAGAGCGUGUUCGUAAGGUUGUUGGUUUUCCAGAAAAGCGCAUUGAAAUGCCAAAUGACAGAGAACUGACAUGUGGAAUUUGUUUCGAAAGUUGCCCUUAUGCGUCAAUGAGUGCUGCCGCAUGUGGACAUCCUUUCUGUAGUGCAUGCUGGAGAGGUUACAUUAGCACUGCAAUAAAUGAUGGUCCAGGAUGUCUGAUGCUGAGAUGCCCUGAUCCGUCCUGUGCUGCGGCGGUUGGGCAAAAUAUGAUCAAUUCCCUGGCUAAUGAAGAGGAUAAGGAAAAGUAUGGGCGAUAUCUUCGCAGAUCUUACAUCGAAGAUAAUCGAAAGACAAAGUGGUGCCCUGCUCCUGGAUGUGAAUAUGCAGUAGAAUUCGUUGUGGGCAGUGGCAGUUAUGAUGUUAAUUGCAACUGUUCAUAUGGGUUCUGUUGGAAUUGCACUGAGGAAGCUCAUCGUCCAGUAGACUGCGCUACUGUUUCAAAGUGGAUCCUCAAGAACAGCGCGGAGUCCGAGAAUAUGAACUGGAUACUGGCUAAUUCAAAGCCUUGCCCUAAGUGUAAGCGGCCUAUUGAGAAAAACCAGGGAUGCAUGCACAUUACAUGCACACCUCCAUGUAAAUUUGAGUUCUGCUGGCUCUGUCUUGGAUCAUGGUCAGAGCAUGGCGAGAGGACUGGUGGAUUUUAUGCUUGUAACCGUUAUGAAGCAGCAAGACAAGAAGGAGCGUAUGAUGAAUCUGAAAGGAGAAGAGAAAUGGCGAAAAACUCACUUGAGAGAUACACACAUUAUUACGAACGAUGGGCAGCCAAUCAGUCAUCAAGGCACAAGGCAUUAGGCGACCUUCAGAGCCUGCAGAAUGACAAGCUUGAGAAGUUAAGUGAUAUACAAAGUCAACCUGAGUCACAGCUCAAGUUCAUCAUUGAGGCAUGGCUACAGAUUGUCGAAUGUAGGAGGGUAUUGAAGUGGACAUAUGCCUAUGGUUAUUACCUCCCAGAGCAUGAACAUGCCAAAAGACAGUUCUUUGAAUACUUGCAAGGUGAGGCAGAAUCAGGUUUGGAGCGGUUGCAUCAAUGUGCAGAGAAAGAACUUCAAAUAUUCCUUGAAGCAGACUCCCCCUCAAAAGAUUUUAAUGACUUCCGUACAAAGUUGGCUGGAUUAACUAGCGUGACCCGCAAUUAUUUUGAGAAUCUAGUCCGGGCUUUGGAGACUGGAUUAAUUGACGUUGGACCUUCUACUAGCCAAAGCAUGAGCACCAAGAAUACUACUUCUAAGAACCUUGGUGGUAAGAGUAAAAGUGGCAAGAACAAGACUGCCAGCUCCAAGUCAGGCAGCUCCAGCCGUGGUGUGGAUGAUAGCAACAUUUGGACUUGUGAUCAGUGUACAUAUGUAAACCCCAAAUCUGCCAAGGCUUGCCAGGCUUGUGACCACCAACAUCGAUAGCACAGUCAUGUUUCAGUUUUUAGCUCCAUUGGUUGAGAACCCAACAUAUGCAAAAUUGAAGUUCAUAAGGAUUGUGGGAUUACUAGAGUGAGGGUAGAGGAGUGCUGCAUGCAAAAGAACGAGAUUUUCGUGUCCAAAUUGUCUGUCAACUGACUGCACCCUUCCUUGUCGUCGCGGCAGCAUCCAGUUCGUCAUGUACAUAAAUCAUACCUGUAACUUUGCUCUGUUUCCUUAGGGUGUACUAGGAGGUGUGCUCCACCAGUGGACAAGUUUUUCCCAUUGUAGUCCUGCAAUAAUGUACCGACAAUCUGAAGGAAGUAGACUUUCUUGGCUUGAAGCUUA